CUAUUGGCGGUUGUGGGAUUUGAAAAGUUCUCUGGCGAGAGGCUGAGUCGGGAAGAUUCAAAAUUUGAGCAACAACUGGAAUCGAAAGUAGGCUACAAUGAACAGACAGGGGAAGUUCAGGACACCCCGCAGGCCAAAAAAGCCUCUGAACAACCAGAAAGACCCGGUUGGAGUCUACUGUCGCGUGCGGCCUCUAGGAGGAGGAGAUGAAGAAUGCUGCAUUGAGGUCAUCAGCAGCACCACCAUCCAACUUCAUGCUCCAGAAGGCUUUAAAGUAAACCGCAAUGGAGAAUACAAAGAGACGCAGUACUCUUUCAAAAAAGUCUUUGGAGUCUCUGUAUCUCAGGUUGAGCUCUUUGAGCAUGUGGCCAGACCUCUCGUUGAUGAUCUUAUUCAUGGAAAAAACGGUUUACUCUUUACAUAUGGAGUGACUGGAAGUGGGAAGACCUUCACCAUGACCGGGUCUCCAGGUCAGGGAGGAUUGCUGCCUCGGUCUCUUGACAUGAUUUUCAACAGUAUCGGGCCCUACCAAGCAAAACGUUAUGUUUUUAAGACUGAUGAUAAAAACGGUAUGGAAAUUCAGUGCGAGGUUGAUGCAUUGUUGGAGCGCCAAAGGCGGGAAAACAACUUGUCUGUUCCCAAAACACCCUCCUCCAGACAAAGGAUUGAGCCUGAAAUUGUAGACAUGAUCGCCCCCGAGGAGGCUUGUAAAGCAGAUGGCGUGGACGAAGACAGCAGUUACAGCGUCUUUGUGUCUUACAUAGAAAUCUACAACAACUACAUCUACGACCUGCUGGAAGAAACUCAGGAAGAAGCAGUCAAACCAAAGUGGAAUGGUGGAGGUACCCCUGUGCGCCAGAACACUGAGUUUAUACCCCCCCAAUCUAAAAUCCUAAGAGAAGAUCAGAACCACAACAUGUAUGUGGCGGGCUGCAUGGAGGUUGAAGUGAAGUCUGCAGAGGAGGCUUUUCAAGUAUUCUGGAGAGGUCAAAAGAAGAGGAAAGUUGCAAACACUCGGUUGAAUCGGGAGUCGAGUCGCUCACACAGUGUGUUCAUCAUCAAACUGGCCCAGGCUCCUCUUGAUGAAGAUGGUGACAAUGUUCUUCAGGACAAGAACCAGGUAAAUGUCAGUCAGCUAUGCCUGGUUGACUUGGCUGGAAGUGAACGCACCGGCAGGACAGGAGCUGAAGGCACUCGGAUUCGGGAAGCAGGUAACAUUAACCAGUCUUUGCUCAAUCUGAGGACGUGCAUCGAGAUACUUAGAGAGAACCAGAUGUGCGGCACAAACAAGAUGGUGCCUUAUAGAGACUCCAAAGUGACCCACCUGUUUAAGAACUACUUUGAUGGAGAAGGAAAAGUCAGAAUGGUUGUUUGUGUCAAUCCCAAGGGUGAAGACUAUGAGGAAACUCUGCUGGUGAUGCGGUUUGCAGAGAUGACUCAAGAAGUGGAAGUGGCCCGUCCUGUAGACAGGCCCAUAUGUGGCCUCACUCCUGGGCGUCGGCACAAAAACCAGGCAUUUAAAGAGGAGUUGUGCAAGCUGGAUGAGCGCGGGGCUCCGGUAGAGACUGACUUGACCGCCUUCCUCAACAACCUGGUGCUCAGCCUCCCACCUCUGCCUUCCUGUGAGCUGACCGAUCCGAGCGAUGAUGUCACUCUGCCUCGGCUAAUCGAAGCUCUGCACAAUAGACAGAGGAUCAGACAGACCAUAAUAGAAGAAUACAACAGAGCAGCCAACACAAUGAAGUCUUUGCUGCAGGAGCUGGACUCCAACCUCAUUUCCAAAGAAAACUUUAUUCAUGAACAAAAUGGAAAGCUGAUAGAAAAGGACAAACUCAUCCAGAACAACAUGGCAGAGAUUGAACGCUUGGAAAAGAAGACCAAAAUGCAAGAACACAAGAUGGAUAUCCUGCAGAAAACAACAAAGAUCUAUGAAGAAGAUAAGCGGACUCUGCAGCAGGAGCUGGACACGCGGGAGCACCGGCUGCAGAGGGAGCUCUCCGAUAAGAGGCGUUUGGAGCAGCGCAUGCACGGCGUGGUUUCAGACACUCAGCAUAAGUGGGAGAAAGAAUGUGAGAGGCGAGUAAAUGCGAUGCAGCUUGAGAUGCAAAACAAACUCUGGGUGAAAGAUGAAAAGCUGAAGCAGCUCAAAGCAAUCGUGGUGGAGAGCAAGGCUUCCACUCGUCCUGAUCCUCCACCGCGCCAGAGCCGGCUUCAAAGGCCCUCCAGAGACGAAUGUCCCCCACCAAAGAGAUCAGCCUCACCUUCUCCUCUACCUAGCCCAGUUCGUUCUCGUCCCGUCACUCCCGUUACAAAGUUUCAGCCAGUCAGUUCUCCUAAGGUUGAGGAGGUUGAGAUGAACCCCAGGUUUGAUGUUCCCAGUCCCAGCAGCAGUAGCCUUUUAUCGGUAGCUGAGUCCAUCACUUCAUGGGAGCAACGGGCAGCUCUGGAGAACAGGCAGGGUACCCCGAGUGCUAGCACGCCUAAAAGAGACCAGUCUCCAGCAGGUCCUUCAAGCAGCCAGGAGAAGAAGACAGUGUGCUACAGGAGAAGAAAGGGAGCCUGUUUUGCAUCCCCUACAUAUGCCCUAGACCUAAUAGAGAGAAGCUACAGGACUACGACACCAGUUCGGCCGCUGCACCGGCGGUCCCGUUCUGCCGGCGCUGAAAAGUGGGUUGACCACAAGCCGACCUCUAGCCUCGAUUUGGGGACAGUCUUGCAGCCUGUCAUCCCCAAUUCCAUCCAGGUGUCUGCACCCAAUGAAAAGGCCCUGUCAAAGUGUGACAGAUAUGUGCUGACGCACCAGGAGGUCGCUUCGGAUGGCGAGGUCCAGACCAAACUCAUUAAGGGGGAAGUGAUUAAGACUAGAGGGGGAGGUCAAGCAGUUCAAUUCACUGACAUUGAGACACUGAAACAGGAGCUCACCACAGUCCCAAGUCGCAAGAGGAAAUCGUCAGAAGGUGUUUCCCCCAGUGGGGAUCAACAAGAAGGAGAUUGGACCGACGUGGAGACGAGGUGCUCUGUGGCUGUGGAGAUGAGGGCCGGCUCCAACAUGGGCCCUGGUUAUGAGCAUCACGGGAUCACCAAGCGCAGAAAACCCUGACUGCUUCUGAAGGCUGCAGCACUCCUGUCUUCAAUACUCUCAAUCCGUGCAAUAAUUUAAACUUUUGUUAUUAUAUUAGUUAAAGUCACUAUAUUUAAAUAUUUUCCACACUUUUAUAUAUGCAAAAUAUGUAUGUAUGUAGGUCACCAAAUCUUGAUUGUGAAUAUUUUUUUCUUCCUCAAGUUGUUACUGGGUUGAGUCACAUGUGAUUCCUGUGGCCUUUCAGCUUUGAAAAAUGUUGGCACCUGAUUUUAAAGCAGCCACAGUUGCUGCCUUCCAGUGCUGUUUUUUCUGUCAAAUAUAAACAUAUUUACCCUGGAAUCAAAUUCA